AUGAAUGAAGAAGAAGACUUGGGAGAUUUGGGUAACAAUUUAGAGAAGCCUCCAAAGAUAUACAGUAGUCCAAUCAAUAAAGAUGGGCUUCUGUCUGAAUCAAUAGAUCUUCUUGCGAAUAAUGAAAGCCUUAUAGUUAAUGAUACAAAGCCGAUCGAGAUCAAGCAAUCAUCAGGCCAACUGAGUAGUAAUCAAGAUGAAGGCUCAGAUAGCUCUACAAGCAAUAUACCGUUUAAUGGCAUCAAUACCGCCUCAAGCAUUUCUCUAGGUAACUCCAUGUUGAAAGGCCAACCAGCUAAUCCAGCGACAACUCUAGCUAAAGGUGAAUCAUCAUCAGGGACAGAAAGCUCAAGCCCCUUAGAACGCAAGGGCCAUAAACGGGCACAGGCGUCAUUCAAUGAUAAUCUCAAGGAGAUUGGGAAAUCUUUGGCUGGUAAUGACCUCAAAAAGAAAAGUUCAAUAGCAGCUCUUCGUGAUGUGCAGAGUAGGAAUGACGCAGCUGAGAAUACCAAUGCGGAUGAUGCAGAAUUCACUGGACAAGAAUCAUCACCAAACAGAAACUCUGGAUUUUUCACCUCAGUGUGGAGCACUGCUACGAAUUCUCUUCGCACCCCAAAGGCACCACAAUAUGAUGAAGAGGAUCUAGGAUUAAAUGUUCGAAAAGUAAGAAAUGAAGAAGAUGAACCUACCACAACCAAUGAUAACUCCCCUAAGAUAAUUUCUUAUAGAAAAAGAUCGCGGAAGAUAUCAACAUCAAGCACCAGUAACGUUCCUCCACCAGAACCUAUAGAGACAUCUAAUUUGAAUGCAAUUCCUUCUUCAAAUUCUACAGAAGAGUCGGAAAUGGUUAAUGCUGAUAUAGAUGAUCAGCUUGCUAAUAAAUCACCAUCAUUCAAUGCUAAGUUAUAUUCGGAAGAAACUGCCUACGAAACUAAGUAUCAUUAUGCCAUUGAAGCUAGGAACAAUGAUUUCCAUAUUCUUUUCAAAUCUGUGCUUCCAGAUGAGCGCCUUAUCGAUGAUUUUUCUUGUGCCCUCAGCCGUGAAAUUCUUUUACAAGGUAGACUUUAUGUUUCUGAUCGUAAUCUUUGCUUCAAUUCUAAUAUUCUCGGAUGGGUCACUAAUUUGAUCAUUUCAUUUUCUGAUAUUACAAGCUUCGAAAAGACUUCAACGGCUGGGUUAUUUCCUAAUGGUAUUGCUAUAACUACCCGUACCGCCAAACAUAAUCUAGCAACUUUUCUUAGUCGUGAUAGCACCUAUGAAUUUUUGAAUACAAUCUGGUUGAAUUAUAUACAGCUCCAUCCUGCUGAUGCGCCAGUCGACAGUAAACCACACAAUGAUUUGAUUGAGGAAGGCCCAGAAUUUAAUCCUGAAGAAGAACAAGAAAUCACGACCAAAGAAUUAGCGAAUACUAAUUCUGGGCAAGUGUCAAGAAGCUCAAGCCAGGCGCUGCUGAAGAGUAAUGAUUCUUUUCUCGAUUUUAGAAAGAAUGUUGGAAUUAUCACAAAUAAUGAUCUAUUCUUGCGAUCAAUACAUAAUAACGAUAAUCACAUGAAAAAUUAUAAAGGAUUGGAAAAUAAUCUAGCCGAAGAGCCUCUUGCUGGAUCAGAUCAACAAUCUCUUGAAGACCAGGUGUUAUCAAUAGAUGGUGAUGAGGACACUGGGGAAAAUCAAGUGGAAGACGAAGAAGAAUGUGAGGAUGAUGAUGAGGAUGAUGAUGAAGAGUAUGAGGAUGAGGAUGAACAGGAUAAUGAUGAAGGAGAUGAUAAUGAAGUCAGUACUGGAAAAGUUCAAAAGGACCAAGUGUCCUCUCAAAAAGAAAUAUCAAGUGAAACCGGCACUUCCACGCAAACUACGCAUAAAGAAACAGGUUUUCUCAUGGAUCCUGCUACAAAUGAUGAAAUUGUUUUAAUCGAACAAGAAGUGAUCGAUGCCACUUUACCACAAGUUUUUGAUUUGCUUUUCGGAGAGGAUAAUUCAUUUCAGCUCAAAUACAUCGAGGCUCUGGAUGGUUCUAAAAUUACCCCAAUUGUUCCACACAAGCAUUUAUCUGCCGAUGAAGUAACGGAUGCCAAUUUUAAACCCCAUGUUAGAAACGAUAAAUUGCAAAGGUAUUAUUCUUAUACAAAAGCGUUGAAUUAUGCGAUUGGACCAAAAUCCACCACUUGCAAAAUUAUCGAAACUAUAGAAGAGAAAGAUUUUGAUAAAGGUUUCAAUAUAGUUCUUAAGACCUUGACUCCAGAAGUUCCAUCGGGCAGUGCAUUCACCGUUGAUACCAGAUAUUUGGCGGCUUGGGGUCCUAAUAACAAAACCAAAAUUAAAAUCAGCUAUCGUAUGAUUUGGACGGGGAGUAGCUGGGUGAAAGGUAUAAUUGAAAAGAGUACUAAAAGCGGUCAAGUCGAUGCAUCUGCGGAAUUGAUAAAGUUAAUCAAACAAGAGGUUAGUGGCUUCGUAGAAAAGAAUUCUGGUACUGUUUCAUUGAAACUUGGUGGUGCUGCAGAAGCUGCUACCGGUGAGGCUAUGGAAACUAAGGAGAAGGCUGCCGGUUUAGAAAACGAAAGGAAGCCCGAGACAACUGUAGCAUAUGAGAUUUCUGAGGAAAUUGAAGAGAUUGAGAAAACUCUUUGGGAUAUCUUGCAAACUAAUUGGGUUCUAGUUGUAGUUUUCCUGGCUCUUGGAGCUAUGCUUUUCUUUCAACUUCGGAUGUAUCAAAUGUUGCAAGAGAAUAAUCGGAUCCAGACUGAGCAGUUACGUAUUCUUGGCGAAAUGGGCGGAAGAAAUUCUAUUUUUAGUGAGGUUGGUCAAAAAGGCAGACGUGAUAUUCUAAAUAGAAUGCGAAUAGAAAAAGAAACGGCAAGUAAUGUUUGGAAAUGGUUAGAUGAUAAGACUCAUAAAGAUGAUGUUAUUAAAGAUAAGGAAGGAUCUACUGAGGAAGCUGAUUCCACUGCCAACUCAUUUAAGGAACCUAAAAUCGAUGAAAACAAUACUAUCGAAUUGAGAAAAGAGCUAGAUACAAUUUUCAAAAAGCUUUUUGAAGAUGUUUCUGUCAACAGCGAGAGCUCUAGGAAAUAUUAUGCCGAAAAAAUAAGCGAAAAAUUAUCAAGUUUUUUGGAUGAUAGGGAUGAGAAGUCUGAAGACAAAGGAAAUAACAAGGAUUAUUUCUUCAGCAUGCACGAUCAUGGUCCUGUUGAAAUAAUGGAAGCAUUGAGCCAAAUUCUUUAG